AUGGGGCAGUGGGGGAAUCGUCUGGCAAGAGGGGCAGUGAACUAUAUACAAAGCAGAUCGGGGUCGUUCCAAACUCCCCGUCGGGAUUCAAUGCCGGCGGAGUUUCUGUUAUUGACGGCCAUGAAUGUGUUGGAUCAGCGGUCAUCUGUAACGAUUACGUUCAACUAUCAAAAAGGAGAGCUGUCUCUCGAUAGCUUUGCGAGCGCGGCUAGUCAUUCGACCAUGGCCCCUCUGCGACCCACCGAUGCUGACGCCAGGAAUGCAUCUUCCGAUACCCCCGAAAAGGAUUUACCAUCAGCGGGUACCAGAGAGUCCGGCACUCUCACGCUAAUAGCAGUACUGCGGGCGAAGCGACGCGCUGUGUUCGCCCAGGUGGUCCUGGUGGCCGUGGUCGAGAACAGCCCCGCCUUCUCGCGCCCCUAG